AUGGGACCCAGGAGGGGCUGCAAUAGAAGACAAGGAUGGCAAUUUAGAUUACCCAAUGUGUUUGCUGGGAUACAUUUGAAUUCUCCUGCUCACCUUUCAAGUCUAAUCCUGGUUCAGGAUCAUAUGGAGAGAGAUGGUAGUGAACUCAGCCAUGAGUAUGAUUUUAUCCAAGGGAGAUAUAGGACAGAAACCAAGGAUGUCCCUGAAAAUUUAUCCAAAAUGGGACAAUUGUCCUAUGCUUAUUGGCAUCCCAUAGGGUAUAAAAAUAAGCCCCCAGUUAUAAGCAAGGAAGUAAAGCAUAGCCAAGAGGUCUGGCACUGGAUCAGGACCAAGCACAACCACGAAGGUUAUCUGUCUGAGGUCAAAUCCCAUUCCCUCAGUCAAACCAUCAAGUUCAAAUCCAACACCCAUUUCCACUAUGACUCAGCUUCUUGUUGCAGGUUUUGGAAGGGGCAGGGCUCAAGCAUGAUGCAACUUCAUGAGAAGGAGAAGGAUAGAUGGUCUACUCUGAUGGACCAUCCUAGGAAAAAACAGAAGUGUGGGGAAGAGGUGGAUGCAUAG